UUUGAUGCAAGUUGAUCAAUUGACGUUUUCUAUCAAUUUAAGAUGGUCGUUCAUCGCCUAGUAGCAUUUUUUGUCAGCUUUUUAAUGUUGAGCCUGGUGCUUCAGCCCAGGAGCACCGAAGCUUUGAAAAUCAUUUCGGUUACCAAUGGGGGAACGGAGGGAAGUUGGGGAUUGCUGGAAAUUUGCCCUGAUGGUUCAAGAGCCAUCGGCUAUCAAACGCAAAACGAUCCACUAGACGUGAUACUUUACGACAAAACAGCCAUGAAUUCCAUCCGUUUAUUUUGCAAUGACACUGCAGGCACCAGUAUCACUUCAAUACUUGGAGAUACUGGAACUUGGGAAUUGAGACAAAAUUGUCCUCCAGGUGAAGCAUUGUCUUCAUUCCGUUUGAGAGUUGAGACAUACGACCCGGAAUUAUCCGACAACACGUCAGUCAACAGCAUCCAAUUCUAUUGCACAGAUGGGACUUUAUUGAAUUUCAAUGGCAAUUCGGCCGGUAUUUGGGGUGAUUUCAGUGCUGAGAACUGCGAUUUAACGGGCAUCUGUGGACUGGAAACUCGUGUUAUGCCUAUGGGAACUUUGGGUGAUAACACCGCUUUAAACAACGUUGGUUUUCUUUGCUGUUGAUUCUUUCUGUAUUAACCAUAAGUGAAUUAAAACAAAAGUACAUUUAGAA